AUGGUCGUCCCCUCGUGGACGGCUUUUGCAGCGAUCUCCGCCGUUUGCCUCGAUCUUAGGGGUCUGCAAGCAAACGGGCCUGGGCCCCUUCUGGCAACAUAUGUGACGCGGCCCACUUGCCGCUCGGAGCUGCUCAGACAGGCUGGGCUCUUCGGCACGCGCCCGUGCCGAGUAUACCUGGGGACUGAGAUCCGACCUCUCGAAGAAGAUGAGGAGGUUACACUCUCCAACGGAUGCGUCAUAACCUUUGUGCAGGACGAUACGCUUCCCGACUUCUCGACGGAUCUCCAAUACCGAACGCUCUCCUGCUCCUUCACCGGUGUCUUGGCAUUUGUCGAGCCGACCCUCAUACCACCGGAGAUGCCACAAUAUGUUGUCUUCCUGGACCUGCGCCAGGUUGCCUCGAGCAUCAAGUUUCUUGUCCUUGGACAGCCUUUCAUUCCGAGAGCAGAUUUGCCCAACCUCAUCAAGCAGAAGCCCCCACCGGGCUGGUUUUUGCGAGUCAGCGGUGGCAGGAUGCGCAGACACCGCCUGGACUUCCGGCACGGAGCUACUCUAGUCUUUGGAUUCGAGUACUCCCUCGACUCGGAUCAACCUUCGGAGCACUUUUCGCCCACAACAGAGGCCUCUGACGAAGACUCUGAGGAAGAACAUCGCUCAGAUGAUCAGGAUACCACGACGGCACCGGCUGACUCAGAAGGAGAGCAUCUCUUCCCCGCUCUGGCUCCCGGGGCAAUGGGCAGGGGGCAUCCCAACUCCAUUUAG